AUGAAUGUGAGCUGGGCUUCGAUCUACGGAGCAACGAAUCUCUACCUGAUACAGGGGGAGAAUUAUAAUAGCCCCGUUGGAAUUACCUUGAACACGGCAUCCACUUGGUAUGACUGGACUGUGAGCUAUUCCGACGCAACAAACCACUCAGCUCCAUUUGUCUUCCGCAUAGUCAAUGCUCGAGGCACAAAGGAAUCUCAACAACUCGGUGGGUUCAUCAGCGGCCAGUUCUAUAUUAAUUUCGGCGAGGACUCAAGGACAUCCACUACGAUGUCCCCGACAAGUACUUUGGCGAGCACUACGGGAAGUUCCUCUAUACCCCAGACUACAUUACCAAGUAAUACCAGCGAGGGAGAGCGCCCACAAAAAGGUGACGAUAAAUCACACAGCAAAAGCCUUGCGCUAGGGCUGGGUAUAGGUUUGGGUGUGCCGUUUUGCUUAACCGCUGGAGCUGUCUUUUUCCUUAUGCGGCGGAGGGCUAAACAGUCUCCUAUCAUUUCUCGGGGCUAUGAGGGCCAGCCAAAUAAUGUAUCACACCCUGACAAGGCCCCCGAGCCAUCGGGGGACGAAACUGUGCAUUGUGAUCCCCAAGAGUUAUACGCGGAUAGCAGAUGGAGUAGACAAGGCCUGUCUCAUCAAUCCCAGAAUCCGCAUGAGCUAGGAUAA